UGUGCUGUAAGGAAGUGUGAGCUAUUGAACGGAAGUCACUUGGAAAAGUUUGAAAAGCGUUUUACCCAAAAAUAUCUACAUUUGCAUACCUACAGACAACCGGUAGACGCAAGAGUAUAAUCUAAUUGCAAUAAAAGCUAAUUGUAACAGCAGUGACAAAGUUCAAAUUCAAUAAAAAAUCAACGAUUCGAUUUUGAUUCUGCUUUAGUAUCGUUAAAUAGUUUAAGCCAAAUUAAAAAUUUUGUGUGUGUGCAUAGCAUGACGAGAAGACUGACAAACAAAAGAAGAAAAAUAAUUAAAGAAGCAUAAAUAAAUUUAAAAAAAGUGUUCAAUAAGCGAGCGAAAGUAACUGUAUAAAGUCAGAAGAAAGCAAAAAUCAGCAAACAGAAAACGAUAAUGACAACAUUGCCGCCGUUGUACGAAAUUAAUGAAAAAAUUGAAAGCGUCGCUCAAUACUACGUUUGAUUCGGGAAAUUAGCACAUUCUUGUGAAAUUGGCUAAUUCAAAAGAUUUGAUGUAACAAAAGCAAAGCAGAAACUAACAACCUAAACAUACAUACAAACAUAUAUAAAACAUAUAAAACGCAUACUUAAUAUUAUUACCGGCAAUUUGUGCGCAACAUAGUGUCUUCAAAGUGAAGUGUCGUACCACUUGAAAAACAGCAAACGCCUUAGUCACGAACGCCGCGCGCCGCGUUUUUGGCUAAUAGUGCGCCCAUCGAGCGCAGCCCACCCAAUUACCCCACGUGGAUGAACAAAGCGGAAUUAACUCGUAUUUACUUGGAUUAGUAUGCGGUGGUUGCAAAUCACUUGCAACCAAUAAAUCCAGCAAAACGGCGGACCAAAGCGUAUUUUCACAUACCCAAACGCACCCACGCCUCUCAUUCAGCGUGCGGUCACCCUCAGAAGUAAGCAAAUUAACAAAAACAACACCAAAAACCACAUACGCACAGAAAAGUUGCAGCAGUCGAAGCAGCAGGCAAAGUCAACGUGUCCUUACCAGCAAUCUCAUUUUCAUAAUGAUCGUAGUAAGCAUAUGCAUCAGCGCCUCAGCAGCGCCGACAACAACUAGCAAUAGUCCCGCCAAUAAUACACAAGUCACACACACACGAAAAGUGACGGCAACAACAAGAAAAACCAACACAAGCGCAAAGAACAAGGCGGUGGGUGUGACGUUAACACAAAAUACGAUAGAUGUGAGCAGCGGUGCAGUCUACACGAUGGCGCAAACAGGCAAUGAGGGCUCGCGGAAACGGAAACGACACAGCAAACGUCACAGUAAUUGGAAUAUCGAUACUUUAAAAGAUCUGCCGUGGGUGAAUCCUUGCGGUGGUUUUUAUGUGCCGUCGGCGACGCAAAGUGGCAGUGUCAUGCGGCGGAAGAACCCAACGAAACAGAUUUUCAAUAUGCUUAAAAAGUCGGCAGGUAUCGAGUACAAGAUGUUGAAAGCCGGUCAACAAGAUAUUGAUAUAAGCAAUAUACAUAUUUGGUCGCUGCACAAUAAAACUUACAAAUUUCUGCCAAAAUUGAAGCUGAACUCAUCGAUCGCACUCAAACGCUGGUACCGCAACAUGCAAUCCUUUGUGGGUUCAUUCGCUUAUUUGCGCAGCAUACAGCGCGCCUGGGAUAUGGCCAAAUUGCAACGUGAAAAUAGUACAGGACGCGAACUGCGACGGUUAUUUAUCAGCGCACGCAAAAUGUUGUGCGAAUUGGAGACGGCCAUCAAUGGCACAAUGCCAGCGCCGCGUAUGUUGCGCGGCAGCGCGCUACCGCAAGUGACAAGCGAACAAAUGAAUAAGCGCUUAAAGCUCUACACGAAGCGACGCGCCGAAAGCAAUCCGCACAUUGUGCAGGAGGCGAACACGAUCGAUUUAAUGUGGGUGAAAUAUUAUUACUACGAAUUUUUGAAGACCAUGUGGAAAGUGCUGCGCCAGCAAACAAAGCGACGCGGUCAAAUUGCGUUGAUGGCCAAUCCAAAGGCAUUCAAUGAGGUGGAAAAGCACUUUGGCAGCAUUAGCAAAAACAAGCGUGUCAAAGGUCAGUUGGCGGCGCUUAAAACGGUGACAACGUCAGCUGAGCGCAGUGAUAGUGGUAGCAGCAGAGGCGCGGCAAAUAGGCGCAAAAACGCGCAUGGUAGUGCAGUAAUUGGUAUUGGUAGCAGAAGACGUGUAGCGCAUGCGCACAAUACGCGGUGAGCCAGUGUGCCCGUGAACAACAAAAGGUUAUACGAUUUACAGAUUUUAAUUUCAUAUAUGCAUAUAUGUACAUACUUGCAUGUAUGAAAGUGUCAUUUUGAGUCUCAAGCAAUUUUCGCUUUACAUACUAGACUCACGUGCUGCUUAAAUGCAUACAUACGCACGGCUAAACAUGCCAGGUCAAAGCAUUGCCU